GACAGGAGACACAUCCUCGUACGUCUACUCCCAAUCUCCUCUUCAACCCUGGAGGAUAAAAUGCUGACGGACGGCCUGGUACUCCAAGGGGAUGGACUAAACUGCACUACGCGGCGACGCGAGGCGAUCAAAACCCAGAAGCACUGCGGAGUGCAAUCGCAGCCGGAUACAGCUUGGAGACAAAGACCUCGGACGGACAAACGGCGCUCCACAAAGCGGUGAAGUUUGGACAAGAGCAAUCCGUACGGAUCCUCAUACAAGCGGGCGGCAACAUCGAAGCCACCGACUGCAACGACCAGACGCCUCUGCACCUAUCCGCCUGCUACAACACCACGACAACGACGAAGCCGCUGCUGGAUUCGGGUGCGAACAAGGAGGCUCUGGACCGCUGGAGCUGGACCCCCGUGUUCUGGGCCGUCUAUCGCGACUACGACGGGGUAUUCGUGCUGCUCCGCGAUGCCGGUGCGCUCACCACCGACAACAUCACCGACGACAAGCGCAUGACGCUGCUCCACUGGGCCGGCAGGGCCGGUAGUCCCAAGAUCCUGCGGCUCAUGCUCGACCGGUGCCGGACGCUGAGACUCGAGGAGAAGGACGCCUGGGGAUGGACGCCGCUGCUGUGGGCGGCUUACCACGGCAAUGUCGACGUGUUGGGGAUGCUGAUCGACUUUGACGCGAACAAGAACGUUCAGGACCCGGACGGCAGAACUCCGUUGUCUUGGGCGGCGAAUGAGGGCCAUGCCGAUGCUGUGAUAUGUCUUCUCGCCAAGUGUGCAAGAAGGGUCCUUGAAGAUAAGGACGGAAAGACGGCUAGAGACUGGGCGAAGACGGAUGAAAUAAGAGCGCUAUUUGACUGUUAAUACUAGGUCACCAGUUUCUGAAUAUUCUUAGUUCUAGGCCUAUUAGUAUCGCUAUAUUCAGUCUUAUAUUCGCUCCUAUACGUCUUAAAGCAGUAGUGAUACUAGCGCCGUAACAAUAGUAAGGAUUUUAGAGCGAAGAGAUAAUUAGUAAUUUCAUCUUGGUGCCGGCCCUUGAGCUCUUGGUAGAGCAUUUGUACCACUCCUCUCCUUCUGUAACCUUCGAUUACGCUCACAAAUCGUCUUAUAAGUGGUAUUGAACUGCUUAGCAAUAGUAGUAAAGUCAACGGAAGUGCCAUUAAGGAGAAUAUUAUCGAUUUGGGUUGCAAUUCGACGUGGAAGGUUGGGAGCCAUAUC